CCUGCACCCACACCAUCAUCAUCCCAGCUCUCACUGCAGCCGGGCUGGUCCGAAGCAUUCUUAUGGCAUCUCCCUCCGACAUCUUAUCUUUGGAGUGGGCGUUCAUUGAUGAGUAUCAGCAAUCUAGCUUGCUCACAGUGUCGAUGGCUGCCUGGGUCGUCUACGACUACUGUGAGCCCUUUUGUAUCAGUGCUAAGUUGCGAGUAUCACCUCACCUGAUUCCAUAUCUGGAGUGCUGAACUUGAGGUUGGAGAUUGACUUGGUAUGGGUGAGGCUGCAUCUCGGUAGAUCGUGAGUGGGUUGUAGUUCAUGGUGGUUGAGCCAGUUCCAGCGGUGGUCAAAAAUCAAGAUCCUCUACUUCGUGGUAGGCUGUCUUCAAUACGCGGAGCUUUUCAGUCCUAUGUUCUGAAGACUAUCACGUGUAGCUCCGUUAUGGUGGCAUCCUUUUCGCCGUCGAUCGAGCAGUUGGCGGACUAUACACCCCCCUCAUUGCUCAUGUAAGCUUCGGGACCUUGACUGUGACAUAGUUGACAAUCAUGACAGGAGUGAGUUCGACGCAAUACAACUUUGACUGUGACCACGUAGAACGGAGCUUGUUUACAGAUCGUUUUGCUUCGACACCAUGGCUCUGGCUCUUGCGGUUCAAAGGGUUCUUAUCAUUUCACUACAAGGUGUCAUCAUGAUGCGGGUUUAUGCCCUUUACCGUCAAUCACCAUACGCAGCUUUUGUCUUAAUCAGCUCUUUCGUCAUAUCACAAGUCGGGAGCGCGAUUGCUACAAUUGCCGCGUUCACGGAUCAUGGCGGACACGAGGGCGAAGCCACAGCAAAAAUCGAAGUUCUUUCCGGUGUCGCACUCUGUGUAUGGAAGUACAGCAGCACGUCAUGGGACUCUGUCUUGUUCAUUGUCUCCACGUUCUGCUUCGAGACCACUGCCCUCGUGCUCGCCCUGUACCGUCUUUGGACGUAUUACCGACGGAGCAAUCACCCAUUGUCCUCUUUCUGGAAAUCAAAUAACUUAUUUUUCCUGGUUGCACGGGAAAAUUUGGCCUACGCUCUUAUUAUAUUCCUGUGGCUGAUGGUGACUGUCCCAUGGAAAACCAAUGUUGAAAUAACUAAGGAUGCGAGGGCCUCACACGAGGUCACCCUGGUAUUACAGGCCUUUUGGACAUCCAUGUUCGGCCCCUAUCUCGUCCUGAACGUUCGGAAGCAUGACGACGAUCGUCUCAACGGGCGAUCUCUCGCCGAAGGCGAUACUGUAUCCACAAUCGCGUUUGCAGCGGGUCGUUACCAAAGACGAGAGACCAGGUUAUGGGCGUAAUCCAAGUGUACCCCCGCAUGUCCUUGCGAUUCGGUGGCGGGGGCGGUGGCAUGAAGUCAAGAGUGCUGUGCAAAGUCCUAAGCUGAGUAUGGUGCGCGUCGGCACUCUUGGGAACGCACUCUCAAUACAUGACCACUCGGCACUAGUACCACUGUAUGCUCGAACUAUUGCCAAAUGUCAGUCACCUUGUACGUUCAGUCCAAAGUCCAUCAUGCUAGGGACACCUUUGUGUAACAAUGCCAAUUGAAUUGUCGAAACACGGCUCAGUUUCCCGGACUUCCGGUCGGUUCUCGUGAUUUGACCACUUGUUCCAAUGGCUGCGUUGUUGCGGACGACCUACUUGGUCCUCAGUUUCGUAUUGCAGCUGAUUAUCCGUUGUUACCAUUGGAUAUCGUGCCACGGGUUUUGUUGGACCUAAUUAGC